AUGCCGCUCGAAGCGACGCUGAUGAUCAUUGACAACUCGGAGUACAUGCGAAAUGGCGACUACCAGCCCUCCCGCUUCGACGCACAGGCAGACGCGGUCAACACCAUCUUCCAGACCAAGAUGACUCUAACCCGGAGAACACGCCCCGAGGUCCUCGUAACACACAGCAAGGACAUUGGCCAGAUCCUGCAGGCACUCCACUCCACAUCAGACAAGAUUGGCGGCACUGCGGACAUCCCCACUGCCAUCGCCGUCGCGCAGCUCGCGCUCAAACACAGACAGAACAAGAACCUCCGACAGCGCAUCGUCGUCUUCGUCGGCUCGCCGCUCGAGGGCCAGGGCGCAGACGAGAAGGCGAUGAUCCGGCUCGCGAAGAAGCUCAAGAAGAACAACGUUGCGGUGGACUUCAUCGCAUUCGGAGAUGGCAUUGAGGAGGGCGAGCGAAGUGUGCUAAAGGCGUUCGCGGACAACGCAUCAAGCGGAGACAACUCACAUCUCAUAACCGUGCCACCGGGCCCGCAUCUGCUCUCGGACAUGGUCCUCACAUCACCAAUCCUGGCGGGCGACCGGGGCAUCCCAGAAGAGGCCAUGGGCGACGCGACAGGCCCCGCGGCCGGCGCGAGCUUCGAGUUCGGCGUCGACCCAAGUUUGGACCCCGAAUUGGCGAUGGCACUGCGCAUGUCACUGGAGGAGGAGCAAGCACGACAGGCCGCAUCCGUGCAGGCCAGCGGUUCGGCGUCAGGUUCGUCUGCACCCGCAGCAGCACCAGCAGAGGUAGCGCCACCGGCGCCCGCUGCUGCUGCUGCUGCUGCUGCUGCGUCGGUCCCCGCGGACCCGACAGAUGACGAGGAAGAGGCGAUGCUGAAGCAGGCGCUGGCGAUGUCGGAAGGGGACGUGGAGAUGGUGGGCGCUGACGAGGAGUUGUCGGAGGAGGACGAGAUUGCGAGGGCAAUUGCGAUGAGUAUGCAGCAGCAGGAGGGCAAGGACAAGGACAAGAAAUGA